CCCCCAACCAAACCUCUCAGUUGCACAUCGCCGUCUGUCCCCCUUCCAGCACUCAUUACCGCCCGCGCAAAGCUCUCCAAGCCGCCCGGGUCCAGCACAUCACCGCCGCCAAAACAGCCUUCUUUCUCAUCCGCACAGCGGCUUCUCACAACAGCAACAAACAGCGCGUCGCCCAAAAAAAAAAGUGAGCGCCAACGCCAGCGCCAGAAACACCACACAGCGCCCCAGCUUUGUUACCAUGCCUCGCCCUUCCAAGAAGGCAGACGACAAGGCCAAAGUCCCCGUUGUCCCCGCGCCCACUAUGGUUCACCCGCCUCCUGCCACGGCCAUGAUGCCCGUGCCACCCGUUCCCGUCGGCAUGGCCACCGGUGUCCCGACGCGUCUCGUCGACCCGGAGAGCUUCCUUCGCGUGCGCGACUCGGCUGUUGGCCGUCUCAACACUAUCAUUGAGCUCAUCAGGUCUUUCACCACCGACUAUGUUCGCCAGACGAACCUGCUCCUCGGUGAGGCCACUGCUGAUGGUGGUGCUGACCUCCUGAGCUCCUUUGAGAACACGGCGGCUCAGCUCAUCAUGCCCAUCCCCGAGCUUCACCAGCCCGUGGAGGAGAAGAAGGAGCGCAAGAAGCGUACUCACGACCCCAACGCCCCCAAGCGCCCUCUCACCCCCUACUUCCUGUACAUGCAGCACGCCCGUUCCAUCAUCGCCAAUGACCUUGGUGCCGAGGCUCCCAAGGGUGCUGUCCAGGAAGAGGGUCAGCGACGAUGGGCCCACAUGAGCCCUACAGAGAAGAAGGGCUGGAAUGCCGCUUAUCAGUAUAACCUGCGUCUCUACAACGCCCGUGUGCACUCGUACAAGCAGGGCAACCCUCUGGCCAAGAACAUGAACGACGAUGAGGCUCUCAAGUAUGCCGAGGACUUCCAGAUCCCCAUGCCGGAGAUCAAGGACACGCCCGCCGAGGCGCCCAACAACGACCACGACGCCAUUGCUGAGCAGCUGCAGCAGGGCGCCGAUGACGCCAAGACGCCCAAGAAGGCUGCUGGUGGUCGCAAGCGCAAGACGGCCACUCCCGCCGCCGACACCAGCAUCAUGGAGCCCAAGGCCACCCCCGCCAGCCCUGAUAAGAAGCGUCGGCGAACGUCCACCAAGGCCGUCGACGACAAGGAGGAGCCCAAGAAGUCGGGACGCAAGAAGACUAAGAGCUCUUAGACGUCUCUGACUGUUUUCUUUUUCGUGGCUUCGUUCUUAUAGGCGCCCUGGCGUCAGCAUCAUGGUCAGCCGGCGUGCUCGCCAUGACGGGCCGGGAGGGGUAUGAUAUAUACGUGGCUGCGCGACAACGAGGGCCUCCCCUUGAGCUUGUCGCUCUUCCUCACUCUUUGUUUUUGGGAACUGGGCGGGUGUCGUAGGGACCCUUCGGCUAGGAAUGUCUUGUUUGCGCGACGGGGCUCCUCGUUUCUUUGAUAUCUUGGGCUUGGUCAGCGGUGGAAGGACGGCGGGCAGAGAGGUCAGGCGGGCGCCUUCUUCCCUCCACUCCCUGCCACUCCUCUGGCAGAGCUCCGCUGCCCUCGACGGACCUGCUUGUGCUUGCGGGAUAUGCGCAAGGGGGAGAUGGGGUGGUUGAGUGGAAAGUUGAAGCGUUUUCUGUAUUGGAAGGGGGGUUUCUCCUCUUCCCCCCUUCCCCGCUCGUGUUGGCUCUGGACUUGGGACGGUGGGCUGGCUGUAUUUACGCAAGUGGUUCUUGAAAUUGCAAUGCCGUAAUGAAAGCAGAUGAUUUCCAGACAAUGACGGGCUUCUCUUUCUUGCCUUUGCCGUGUGGUGUGAGUUUGAGUGAGUGAGCGAUUUGACUGCGUGGGAUGGUACAUUAAACUACUAGGCAGGCCUGAGUUAGUUACUACUUGGACUACCAGAAACCAUGUAG